AUGAUCACGGCGAAAGAAGUCUCUAAAAACAUCGAAGAGAUGAGUAAGAACGCAGCACCAGGACCAGAUGGGCUAAGUUUGAGGGAUCUUAUUAAGAUAGAUCCUCACUCUACCCAAUUAAUGGAACUUUUCAAUCUAUGGCUGGUAUCUGGUACCAUACCAGACAUGGUAAAAGAACGGAAGUGCUUGACACCAUCUAACAUAAAUGCUCAUCAGAUCAUAAACCAAUUGAUAAUAAAAUGGGACCUGCCUGCAACUCCUACACAAUAUGAGCUGAGAUACAGAGAGGCACUCACAGAAUCCACUCUGUGGACGCUGGUGCCUGUAGAAAGCAAUGCUGUCAACAUCACUGUUUCAAAUUUAAAUGCUACGUCUUCAUACAUUGCUCAGCUCAGAUGCAUAGCCAAGGAUGGUCUCCACUGCGUUUGGAGUAAAGAGAUUUUGGUCCCUCACAAACUCACGAACAAGCCAAGAAUAUCAUGUAAUGCAACCACAGAAAUCUCUCCAGGCAGAAGUAGUAUUCUUUUUAAGUGGGAGAUAACACAAAGUGAGAACAUCCUUGGAUAUUACAUUAAUGUUGAAAGAAUACCCAACAGAUGCAGGGAUUCACCAAAUUGCAUCAUUCUAAAGGACAGAAGAGUUCUUCUAAAUCUCUCCAUGGCUUAUUAUAGAGUUAAUAUUUCUGCCUAUAACAAAGCAGGAGAAUCUCUACAAACCAUCUACAUUGUCCCAGAUUUCUCUGCAACAGACUUGCCUGGUCAAAUCCAUGUUAAACAUCAGGGAACUAAUGCGGUUGUCACCUGGACUCCAGAAUACAGUCCAAAAUGUUUUGUGGUUGACUGGUGCACUGGUAAAGAGGAUAUGCACAUGAAAAUAGUAACUAUGGCUACUGGAAAUUUCACACUAAACAAUUUUCAGCCAUACAAGUUGUACAAAAUAAUAGUACAUACAUCUGAUGUGUGUCAGUGUGAAAGUUUCACAAGACAUGAAGAUUUUGGAGUAACCCACUUUUACUCAGUUGAAGGAGAUACACAGGCGCAAUGGCACCCUCAGAUCCUUGAGCAAGUAAAGGGCAUAGGCAUGCAGGCUUUGUUUCGCACAGCGGAGUUAGCAGAACCAAAAGCGAGGUAUACAACAAUUAAGCAGGGAUCCCGAGAGCCGUUUUUACAGUUCGUGGAAAAGUUGCAAGGCGCGAUAGAGAAACAAGUGUUUGAUACGGGUCUCCGAGCCAUGCUGACUAAACAACUGGCUAGAGAUAAUGCCAACCCGGAUUGUCAAAAAAUUAUUGAGGCAUUGCCCGGCGAUCCGUCCCUAGAGGACAUGGUUACGGCGUGUGCUAAGGUUGGCUCUGUUGAACACAAAAUGGCUGCACUCGCUACUGCUCUGGCUGCCCUCCAUGUGAAAGAUCGGAAAUGCUUUGGGUGUGGAAAGAUAGGACACAUUAAGUCCGAAUGCCCCGAUAGUUUGGGACAGAAAGGGAAAAUGGGAAGUCCAAACAAAAAAGGGGGAGUAGUUAGUGGCUCAGUGACGGUUACAUGCAACAAUUGUGGGAAGAAAGGCCAUUUUGCUAAACAAUGGAAGACCGCCGGAUCAGCCGGGAUGGAUGUAUCCACCGCCAACGCAAUAACAAUUUCUGAUCGCCAAAUUUAUCGGGUGCCUUUGGAUGCCUGGGGACCAAUUGGUAAUGGACUAAGUGCCUUAUUGAUAGGACGCUCAAGUAGCACACUACAAGGAUUGAUGGUACAUGUGGGAGUGAUUGAUGCUGAUUACACAGGUCAGAUUUGUGCUAUGGUGUCCACAGCAACGCCACCGGUCACCAUUCCUCAGGGAACUAGACUUGCUCAACUUGUGCCUUUUGUGAGCUGUGUUCCUAGGACAGAGCAAGUUGUUCAUGGAGGCAGCGGCUUUGGAUCGAUGGGGAAGCCAUCUGUUUUUUGGUCCCAGACUGUCACAGACAAGAGGCCGCAGAUGACCUGCUCGCUCGCCAUGGACCAUGCAGUCCCCUCUCAGAUAAGUCUUUCAGGAUUACUGGAUACAGGGGCUGUUACCACCAUUAUUGCUCAACGUGAUUGGCCUCCUGCUUGGCCUCUGGUGUCAAAUAAUAUGGGAGUGAUGGGCCUUGGGGGCGUUGCCAUUAGUUUUAUGGCUGCCAAGCCUGUCCUUGUCAGCAAUCCUGAGGGCCAGAAAGCAACUGUCCGACCCUAUGUGACAUCAGCACCGUUGAAUCUGUGGGGGAGAGAUUGUCUUGGGCAGUGGGGGGUUUCUGAUGAUGCUCAGGAGCCUCCAAUAGCACGACAUUUCGGAUCCUUGACUAACACCAGUGGGGUUUCCCCUGGGGUUAAAGUCAAGGUUCGAGAUCUGCAGACAGCUGUUACUCUCAAUUCUUCUACCACAAGUUACCAUCUUACUGGACUGAAGGAAAAAACCAUAUACCAUGUGCAGAUUUCAGGAUUCACUAAUGCUGGCAAAGGACCUCCGACUCUUUCACAACUUUUCAACACUCCAAAAUAUGAUAAAGGAGAAUUUGAAGGUUUUGUGACUGGCCUUUGCUUCAGCAUGAUGUUCAUUCUGGUUUUUGCACCUGUCACUUGUUCUCUGGUGCUUAAAAGGUUGAAAAUAUCAUGCUGGCCAAGCAUACCAAAUCCAAGAAACAGCAGUGCAAUCCAAGAUAUGACUAAUUGGAAACCCAUUUCAAGGUCACUGCUUCAGGCCCUGCCAGACAAUGAUACCACCAGCCUUUAUGUCAUAGAGCGUGAGUCAAAGGCUCCUUUGAAGCUAGACCUCUUUACAGAUGGUGGAGAAGACAGCAAGUAUGACACUUAUCAGUCAGAAGAACCUAGCAAUAACAUAAACAUAAGCCUAAGGCACAAAGAAAUCCCUGAAAAAGCAGUUACAACUGAAAAAGAGGGAAUAAUUUCCAUUACAGUACCACUCUUGAAUGACUACACCAGCAUGGAGUUCAGCCAGAAAGCCCUGAUGAGUCUGACAGCGAAGCUGCCUACAAGAGCUGCUCAACCUCAUCUGGAAAUGGAACUAAGCAGUAAGCCAGCACAAACUGAGCAUCAGGGUUUGUUUGCUCCCCAAGACUACCUCAAACAAAGCCAGGUAAUAUUUUUGCCAUCUGGACCAACUUUGAUGGGACAAGUCAAUUUGAACUGA